CUGAUAUGGGUUUUUAAUCUUGUGUGGAAAUUUGUUGUAAAGCUUGUGUCUUUAGUGGUUUGUUUGAGAAUCAAUGGGUGUAAAGAUUGGAAUCAAGAUUGUGGGUUGGCUCUUGAAUUAUGUUGUGAAAUUCAUAUGUUGUGGAAACAAAUUGUUUGAUUUGUGCAGAGGAUUGAAAGUAAUAUUGAAUUGCUGGUUUUGAGAACAUUAAUACUACUACUUUGCAUUAAAUGUUUUUGUUGGUUGUAGGCCCUAUUGAACUCACAAAGAUCAAAAGUGAAAAGGAACAGUUUCAUGGAGGCUAAUGGUCAUAGGAGAGGAAGGAGACAUAAUAAUGCCGGUCAACAUAAUGGUGAAGUGAGCACAUUGACUACUGUGGAUGAAUUUGACCCAUGGACAGCUUGGGCUUACAAGCCCCGUACGAUUACAUUAUUAUUCAUCGGUGCAUGCUUUCUUAUUUGGGCGAGUGGAGCGCUUGAUCCUGAAGGUAGUUCAUCGGCUGAUAUUGUAACAUCAGUCAAAAGGGGUAUAUGGGCAAUGAUUGCGGUUUUUCUGACUUAUUGUUUGUUGCAAGCUCCUUCUACGUUACUAAUUAGGCCGCAUCCUGCAAUUUGGCGUCUAGUUCAUGGGAUGGCUGUUAUCUACCUCGUUGCUCUAACAUUUUUGCUAUUUCAGACUCGUGACAAUGCUAGGCAGUUUAUGAAGUAUCUUCACCCUGAUCUUGGAGUUGAACUUCCGGAGAGAUCAUACGGUGUGGAUUGUCGACUUUACGUUCCUGAAAAUCCAACUAGCAGGUUUAUAAAUGUUUAUGAGACACUUUUUGAUGAAUUUGUUCCGGCUCAUAUAUUCGGGUGGUGGGGAAAAGCAAUAAUGAUUCGUAAUCAACCCCUUUUGUGGGUAUUAUCAAUUGGAUUUGAGUUAAUGGAGCUAACUUUUCGCCAUAUGUUGCCAAAUUUCAAUGAGUGCUGGUGGGAUAGCAUUGUUCUUGAUAUAUUAAUCUGCAAUUGGUUCGGUAUUUGGGCAGGAAUGCAUACCGUUCGUUAUUUUGACGGUAAAACAUACGAGUGGGUUGGAAUAAGCCGUCAACCGAAUAUACUAGGAAAAGUAAAGCGAACGUUGAGCCAAUUUACGCCCGCACAUUGGGACAAAGAUGAGUGGAACCCACUUCUUGGCCCGUGGCGGUUCAUUCAAGUGUUUAGUCUUUGCGUAGUGUUCUUAACCGUUGAACUCAAUACCUUUUUCCUCAAGUUUUGCCUUUGGGUCCCACCUCGAAACCCGAUCAUUGUUUAUAGAUUGGUCCUUUGGUGGCUCAUUGCGAUCCCCACAAUUCGAGAGUACAAUUCUUACCUACAAGACCGAAAACCGGUGAAAAAGGUGGGAGCUUUUUGUUGGCUUUCACUUGCCAUCUGCAUCAUUGAACUCCUAAUUUGUAUCAAGUUUGGACAUGGUUUAUUUCCGACUCCUAUGCCAAGAUGGUUGGUGAUUAUGUGGACAUCUGCGGGCGUGAUCUUUUCGAUGUUCUUGAUGUUGUGGACGUGGCAAUCUCAUAGAACUCGAAGAAGAAAGCGCGAGUGAAGUUUUGAAUUAUUCAGCAUUCUUUGAUUCAUUGGUGUUAGAUUUUGUAAAUGCUAAUUCCUUGAAAAUGUAAAUGCUUAUAAUUGAGGGAUAAAUUAUCCUUUUGACUUUUUUUGGGUGAAAAGUGAGACCAAAUUAGACCAGAAAGGUCAAAAAAUCCAAAUUUCCAAUAAUGUUGUUGGUAUUAUAAGCUUGAUUGAAAAAUGAAAAGUUGAAAUGAUAUUUAAACGUCA